UUAUAAGCUCUUUUCAUAGCGUCAGCCGUAUUUUGGAACUCGGUUGCUCUUUUUUGCCUUGGCCUUUUAUUCAAGCUUUUUUCAAGAAAGAAAAAAUAUGGAGGAGAACCUUCCUCCAGGGUUCAGAUUCCAUCCAACAGAUGAAGAACUCAUCACUUAUUAUCUUUCCCACAAGGUCUCCGAUGUCAGCUUCACGUCCAAGGCUAUUGUUGAUGUUGAUCUCAAUAAAUGUGAACCCUGGGACCUUCCAGCCAAGGCAUCCAUGGGGGAGAAAGAAUGGUAUUUCUUUAGCUUGAGAGACCGAAAAUACCCAACAGGACUUCGAACCAACCGAGCCACUGAAGCAGGCUAUUGGAAAACCACAGGCAAAGACAAGGAAAUCUUCCGGGCUGGCAUUCUUGUUGGGAUGAAGAAAACCCUAGUUUUCUACAAGGGGAGAGCCCCCAAGGGUGAGAAAAGUAACUGGGUCAUGCAUGAAUAUAGGCUUGAAAACAAACAUCCUUUCAGAACCACAAAGGAGGAAUGGGUGGUUUGUAGGGUUUUCCAAAAGAGUGCUGCAGUGAAGAAACCGCAGCCAACCUCAUCCUCACAACCAUCUAUGGGAUCUCCAUGUGAUGCAAAUUCAAUUGUCAAUGAGUUUGGAGACGUUGAGCUACCAAACUUGAACAUCAACGCCAAUCCAUCAAGUACCGGGUUCAGCAACAUUGCAACACCAGGUUAUAAUAAUAGUACUGUUAAUCAUGGUCACUUGAACAUGAACUUGAACGUGGAUUUUGCUGCAGCAAGCGUUCCGUCCUCGCUCACAUGGCCUUCUAGCAUUCUAAGCCCUAAUCUUUCCAUGAAUUCCCUCCUUCUCAAGGCAUUGCAGCUUAGGAAUUAUCAACCCAGAGACGUUACAACUAUGGAUUACUCGCUUCUGUCAUCGGCGUCCCAAGGGAUUCCUCAAUUUGGAACAGGUUUAAGUCCAAAUUUCCAAGCCGCAACAGCUUCUUCUUCCAAGGUUUUAGAUCCUACUCCACAACAACAACAACAACAACAACAACAACAACAGGAGCAACCAUUCAAUAUGGACUCCAUGUGGUGAAGCUACAAUAUAAAUAUAUAUGUAUCUCUAGUGUGAAAAAAAACUAACACCUUGUACACUUCUUUUCUGUCUCAAUGUUCCAUAACUUGAAAGGGUUAAGAUGAAACAAUUUAUCCCAAUGCUGUAACCUUGUCGGAGUUUCGA